CGACGCACCACCACCAACCCACCAAUCUUACUCCACCUCUUGCUAUUUUUUGCCAUCUUCGCUUCCCGCCCUCUGCUCGCCCACUACUGUUCCAUUAACCGUGAGAUCGACAAGAUCUCCAGCCCUUAUCGCUGGCAAGUCAUGUCCAAAUCUCGCGUUUAUUCUGACGUCAAUGUCCUUCGUCCCAAGGAGUAUUGGGAUUACGAGUCCCUCACUGUUCAAUGGGGGGAUCAAGAUGGUUAUGAGGUUAUUCGGAAAGUUGGAAGGGGUAAAUACAGUGAGGUUUUCGAGGGUAAAAAUGUCAAUAACAAUGAACGCUGUGUAAUCAAGAUCCUCAAACCUGUCGAGAAAAAAAAGAUUAAGAGAGAGAUAAAAAUCCUUCAGAAUCUAUGUGGUGGUCCAAAUAUUAUUAAACUUCUUGAUAUUGUUAGAGAUCAGCACUCCAAGACGCCUAGCUUGGUAUUUGAGUACGUCAACAAUACAGAUUUCAAAGUUCUCUACCCAACUUUGACAGAUUAUGAUAUUCGCUACUACAUAUACGAACUUCUCAAGGCAUUAGAUUACUGUCAUUCACAUGGAAUAAUGCACAGAGAUGUGAAGCCUCACAAUAUCAUGAUAGAUCAUGAGCUGCGCAAACUUCGCUUGAUAGAUUGGGGACUUGCCGAGUUUUACCAUCCUGGAAAAGAGUAUAAUGUCCGUGUGGCUUCCAGGUACUUUAAAGGGCCCGAACUUCUGAUAGAUUUACAGGACUAUGAUUAUUCUUUGGACAUGUGGAGCCUUGGCUGCAUGUUUGCUGGAAUGAUAUUCCGGAAGGAACCAUUCUUCUAUGGCCAUGACAACAAUGAUCAACUAGUUAAAAUUGCAAAGGUGGUAGGAACUGAUGAGUUGAAUGCAUAUCUGAACAAAUACCAGUUGGAGCUUGAUCCUCAACUUAAUGCUCUUGUUGGAAGGAACAGCCGAAAACCCUGGUCCAAAUUCAUUAAUGCCGAUAAUCAGCAUCUUGUUUCACUAGAGGCAAUUGAUUUUCUGGAUAAGUUGCUUCGAUAUGAUCAUCAGGAGAGGCUAACUGCAAAAGAAGCUAUGGUCCAUCCUUACUUUUCUCAAGUGAGGGCUUCUGAAAGUUGCAGGAUGCGAGGUCAGUAACCCAUUCACAUUGGGUUGGUGUGCAGAGCCCACAUUCAGCUGGGAAGAUUUGUUGUGCUUACUUCUGCUGCCAUUCUCAGUUUUAGGCAGUUGGAGGUUUGUUUUGUUAACAUAGCAGUUUUCUUUUUCUUUGUAUCAAAUAAA